AAAGAUUAAGAUGUUACUGUGUUGGUCGGUGUUCUCUUCCACGCAGGACGUACAGGGAAAUCGUACGAUGAAAGAUGGCAUGUUACUCUUCAAGAAAAAUGCGUUCCUGUUUUAGUCUACUUGGUUCUGUCCUAAAAAAUGGGCAACUCGGCGUCAUCACUUUUGGGACGUUUUUGGGCCGCGCAAUCGUAUGAACCGUAAACAUUACGGACCUCCAGCACUCAUUUUUCAAUCUGCUCGCUUCAGGUCAAGUCGGUUCGAGCCAGACCGGCAGAUCCACCCACCGCCAUGACGGCCGAGGACACGCUCACGCCCAUGGAGACGAUCGAGGGCACGCCCAAGAAGUCGUGCAAGCUGGAACCGCCGAGUCUUAAGCGUAUUGUGCUCAACCCGCGCGCGUACCUGACGCCCUUCGUGGUGUUCAUCAUCUUCCACCAUCUGCCCAUGUUUCUAGCCUUCGGACUCAUCGACAAGCCUCACGAAGGCUACGAUAAUUGCGACAGACUUAAGGACCUUUUCCGCUGGCUGCAUGUAGCCUUCCUCUUCCAUUUAAUCCUGGCCUGUAUGAUGUUCGCCAGCGUCGUCUACACGCUCUCAACACGUGUAUACCACGAACGUCGACCAGAGGGAUGGUUAAUUCUUACGAUUUUCUUGGGCUACUGGGCUAACCUGGGCUGGACUCUCUACGGUGAAGCCGCUAUGCGCACAGACACGAGUGUCUGCGGUGAUACGAACUGGGAGCAGGUGCAGGACCGCGCCGACUCGAUCGGUUACUUCCAGCACUUUGACUUUGUAUUUACAGUGUGUAUUAUCAUGGCUGGAGCCUGCACGUCCUACAUGUGCGGCGUACACAGCGGAGAUGAUGCCGCUGAGGCGGAAAAGCGCUGGCAGAAGCGCUGCUUGUGUUGUUUCCAUGCCUUUACUUGCCGCAAGACGAUGGAAUAUGAAGGCGACGACGACGUCUUUGAGACGCUGGGACGUGUGUUGGGUAAAUUCUUCGUCGUGAGGUAUAAAACCAACCGGUACGAAGGCUUGAGCUUCACGGACUUGAAAUUCAGCCUGGAUCUGGUGUCUAAAGUCCAGAAAAAAGAGCGUGAACACGAGACUGAACGCAGAGCUGAACUAGCAGCUCAAGGGAUCCCAACUGUGCAGCAUUUCGCUCCUGAUGAAGAGGAGAAGCGACUCAGUGACUUGGCCUUCUACUGCAAAAUGGCUAUCGGUAUCUACGGCUGGCCCAUUUACGUUUGGUACUCGCCAUGUUACUGGUUCCGGAUCUUCGGGUGCUUCAAGAAACCCUUGGAGGAGCAGGUCUUCGAGCACGACAACUUUCUACACGGCAACCGUGCGAGUUUCGUUAACUAUACUGGAGUCAAGGACUCGGAUCUCGUGUACUUGAACUGCUACAAUUUCGUCUUCCAGGCGCCGUACUGUAUUGUCAAGGACAAGAGCCGCAAGGAGCUCAUCAUCAGCGUACGUGGUAGCAUGUCCUUCUACGACUAUGUGACGGACGGAUUGGCCCAAAUUGUGCGCAUGGAGCCUAGUGAACUCCCGGACGACAUUCCGUACUCAUUUGACACACGUACCCAUUACGGAAUGCUUCGGACGGCGCGUCAGAUCUUCAAAGAUCUCCAGGAAGGCACUCGUAAGGCUGUUUUCUGGGACUUUGCCAUGGCUAACUGCUCUCCUGGAGGCCUUACAGAUGACGAGGAAACAGACUGGAAAGUAGUGGUCUGUGGACACUCCAUGGGCGCUGGAGUGGCCUGUAUCCUUGCCAUCUUACUGCGCAAGAUGUUCCCCAACACAAAAGCCUUCUUGUACGCGUCACCGCCACUGUUUGACCCUGAGACUGCUGCUUGGACUAGGACGUUUGCGACGACCGCAGUGUAUGGAGAUGACAUCGUGCCACGUCUCUCUAUUGCGAACAUGGCUCGACUGCGAGAUGAGAUGGCUAUUCACUAUGAUGCAGUGGCCAAUGAACCGCUGUAUAAGGUGAAAUACGGAGUCCAUGGCAAGUUAAAAGACUUGAAGGAAGAGCGUGAACAACCAGUAGCAGCAGCUGGUCCAGAGCCAAGCGCUCGUGGAACGUUGGGUGGACUCCCCACUGUACUGGAGACAGCAAAUUCGAUGAAUACGGGAACGUCGACGAUGAUGGAUACAUCAUCGGGAUCAUUUAUCAACAACUCGUUUAUCGGUGGUUCACUAACACCGACAGACUUUGGAGCUUCGGGCGUUAACGUCAUCAAUCGCCCCUCACGCGAUUUAAGUAACGCCACAAUGAUCACACUGCCACAGGAGGACUCGAGUCAAGAAGUGGACGUACCUGGUGAGAUCGUCCACAUUCAGACCGUGAAGAUGGCACGACGCUGUGGCUGUACAGUGUUCCUGGGCGAACAGAAGCUCCAGUAUACACUGCGUGAAGCGAGCUAUUUCCGCCGUAUUUGGGUCACGCCACGCUCCGUGCAGGACCAUUUGUUUCACCACUACGACCGCAAGAUUCGUUAUCUCGUGAACGAUUGCAUGGACUUCGAGACUCCUGUGGCGGCGCAUCGACCUAGCGCUAGUGCCAGUGCGAGAACGUCGUGGGUUGACGACUCGGAACGGGAUAGUAAGGAAAAGUCACCUGGCACGCCCCAGGCGAACUACAAGGACAUCGAAGCUGUCGUGUAAAACCCUCCGAGAAGGAGGACUGUAAAGUAUUUGAACGCGAUUGAAGCGUUACUCAAAAUUUAAACAAGUUACCUUUUCCACUUCAACUUGUGGUGUGGGACACAUAUUAGGGUGGUGCACAUAAAUUUAGGUCCCUACAAUUUCAACCAAUCAGAGGGUGCAUGAGCGUCACAUCAAGUGCAAAAGUAUCC